CCGGAUCUUCCCUGAUCGGCCGGAGUUCAACUUCAAGGAGAAUCAACAAGAUCGCAUCGUCGUUCUGUCGUCCAUUUAUUCUACGAAGCAUAGAUGAUAUUCUGAAUUUAUUUCCCGUCAUCUACACUUCCAUAGCCUGCAAUAUUAGACCCGCUGGCAACAAUGACCACCACGGGCGAGUCACCCCCAGCCCGCAUCCGCAUCCUCACCCUCAACUGCUGGGGUCUGAAGUAUCUCGCCAAAUAUCGUAAUGAGCGUCUCUCAGAAAUUGGCCGCCAACUAGCCAUCGCAGAAGACCCUCCCGAAAUCGUUGGCCUUCAGGAGUGCUGGACGCAAGAAGACUACAAGAGCAUUCGCAAACAGACAAAACACAUCCUCCCGUACGGCAAGUUCUACUUCAGCGGCAUCUUCGGCGGUGGGUUAGCCAUUCUGUCGAAAUGGCCCAUCGAGGACAGCACCAUGUACGCUUAUCCACUGAAUGGUCGUCCGACGGCCUUUUUCCGUGGCGACUGGUUCGUCGGGAAGGGCGUCGCGUGUGCGCGUGUACGCUUCGGGCCGGGUAAUGAAGACGUUGCGGAGGUGUUCUGUACUCAUCUCCAUGCGCCGUAUGAGAGAGAACCAAAUGAUUCGUAUAUCUGCCAUCGGACAGCGCAGGCGUGGGAGAUCGCGAAGUUGAUGCGGGGAGCGGCGGAGCGGGGUCAUCUCGUUAUCGGACUGGGAGAUUUCAACAUGGUGCCAGCAUCCUUUGCGCAUCGACUGAUCACGACUCACGCCCCCGUUAAGGAUGCAUGGCAGGUCCUGCAUCCGGAUUCUUCAGUUGGAGCUGCCAUAGACAUGGAGGAGAGGAAACGGAACCGCCCAAUUCCCACUGCGGAAUACAACCUACUCGAGAACGGAGCAACGUGCGACGGAGCAUUCAACACCUGGCGAUGGCCCAAGGAUAGGAGGAAACGGCUGGAAAAGGGAGAAGAUUACACGGUAGACCCUCAGGUCGAGGAUCCCAAAGCAAAGAGACUGGACUAUAUCUUCGUCGGAGACGGCGGGUAUCCUCCCUCCUUCCCACCAUCCAGAUGGAAGGUCGAAUCCGUCAAACUCUCCAUGACAGAGCGUCAUCCGACUCUGAAGUGCUCGCUGAGCGACCACUUCGCCGUCGAGGCCGUCAUCACACGAGAUGCCACAGCAGAAACAACCACGCAGCCACCUCCCUCAUCCACCGCCCCAGAAACAGAACCGUAUCACCUCAGCCCAACCCCAUCGUCUACUACGCAGCGCCCCAAUCUCUUCCUCGCCCCCGAAACCUACGACGCUAUCCUCGCCAUGAUCGCCAAAUACGUCCGGCGUGAACGCUCCCAGCGUCGCUGGCGUCUGGCUCAUUUCCUUGUUGCCCUUAUCGUCUCCAUUGGCUGCUUCGUCGCUGUCUGGUGGACAGGAGGGAUCAUCUACGUCGCGUUCAUCCUCACAUUCGUCAGCACACUGAGUUUCGCAGCUGGUGUGUUGGACGGGUUGAUUGGGGGAUUAUUUGUGUCGAGUGAGCUCAGAGCUCUGAAGGAGUUUGAGUGGGAGGUGAGAAAUGCGAAGAGGCUAGCACUAGGUGGGAGUGUGGGAGAUGAGACGGAGGAGUGGAAGAUAUGAAUUGUGAAUGAAUCGGGUAAUAAUAAUAAUAGCCCGAGACCAACCAAGUCUAUCUUGUCUGAUCAGAACAUAGAAAAAGACAAGUAUGGCAUUAUAAUGUCUAUAAUAAUAAUGAGGGUUG